GGGACGGACAGACUCCAGAGAACGCAACUGAGCUGCGAGUGAAGCCCUCGACUCAAACAUAGGUCACAAACAACACUGACCCAAAUGGUGUAGCUGCCGAGAUGAAACGAAAAAAACCCAAGCCAUUCCUGAGGUAUUUGGUGGACGAGAACAGACUUGUGCUUAUCAAACCUAGGAGAAGAAAAAGACGUGACACAAGUCAACAGAAUUCAGAGGUCACCAGUGUCGCUGAUAUACCUGACAAUAGUGUACAGAAGUUGGAUGAUUUUGCCAGUGUUUCUGAUAAGGCCAGAAAAAGUGUACAGAAGGUGGAUGAGGUCGCCAGUGUUUCUGAUAAGGCCAGAAAAAGUGUACAGAAGUUGGAUGAGGCCGCCAGUGUUUCUCAUAAGCCCAGAAAAAGUGUACAGAAGUUGGAUGAGGUCGCCAGUGUUUCUGAUAAGGCCAGAAAAAGUGAACAGAAGUUGGAUUAUGUUGCCAGUGUUUCUGAUAAGGUCAGAAAAAGUGUACAGAAGGUGGAUGAGGUCACCAGUGUUUCUGAUAAGGCCAGAAAAAGUCAACAGAAGCCGGAUGAUGUCGCCAGAAAAAGUGUACAGAAGUUGGAUGAGGUCGCCAGUGUUUCUGAUAAUGCCAGAAAAAGACAACAGAAACCGGAUGAUGUCGCCAGAAAAAGUGUACAGAAGUUGGAUGAGGUCACCAGUGUUUCUGAUAACGCCAGAAAAAGACAACAGAAACCGGAUGAUGUCGCCAGAAAAAGUGUACAGAAGUUGGAUGAGGUCGCCAGUGUUUCUGAUAACGCCAGAAAAAGACAACAGAAACUGGAUGAUGUCGCCAGAAAAAGUGUACAGAAGGUGGAUGAGGUCGCCAGUGUUUCUGAUAACGCCAGAAAAAGACAACAGAAACUGGAUGAUGUCGCCAGAAAAAGUGUACAGAAGGUGGAUGAGGUCGCCAGUGUUUCUGAUAAGGCCAGAAAAAGUCAACAGAAGCCAGGUGAUGUCGCCAGUGUUUCUGAUAAGGUCAGAAAAAGUGUAAAGAAGUUGGAUGAGGUCACCAGUGUUUCUGAUAAGUCCAGAAAAAGUCAACAGAAGCCGGAUGAUGUCGCCAGAAAAAGUGUACAGAAGUUGGAUGAGGUCGCCAGUGUUUCUGAUAACGCCAGAAAAAGACAACAGAAACCGUAUGGUGUCGCCAGAAAAAGUGUACAGAAGGUGGAUGAGGUCGCCAGUGUUUCUGAUAACGCCAGAAAAAGACAACAGAAACUGGAUGAUGUCGCCAGAAAAAGUGUACAGAAGGUGGAUGAGGUCGCCAGUGUUUCUGAUAAGGCCAGAAAAAGUGUAAAGAAGGUGGAUGAGGUCGCCAGAGUUUCUGAUAAGGCCAGAAAAAGUCAACAGAAGUUGGAUGAUGUUGCCAGUGUUUCUGAUAAGGCCAGAAAAAGUGUAAAGAAGUUGGAUGAGGUUGCCAAUGUUUCUGAUAAGGCCAGAAAAAGUGUACAGAAGUUGGAUGAUGUCGCCAGUGUUUCUGAUAAUGCCAGAAAAAGUCAACAGAAGCCGGAUGAUGUCGCCAGAAAAAGUCAACAGAAGCUGGAUGAUGUCACCAAUGUUUCUGAUAAGCCAAGAAAAAGUCAACAGAAGCCGGAUGAUGUCGCCAGUGUUUCUGAUAACGCCAGAAAAAGUCAACAGAAGCCAGAUAAUGUCGCCAGAAAAAGUCAACAGAAGCCGGAUGAUGUCGCCAGUGUUUCUGAUAACGCCAGAAAAAGUCAACAGAAGCCGGAUGAUGUCGCCAGAAAAAGUCAACAGAAGCCGGAUAAUGUCGCCAGAAAAAGUCAACAGAAGCCAGAUUAUGUCGCCAGUGUUUCUGAUAAGCUCAGAAAAAGUCAACAGAAGCUGGAUGAUGUUGCAAGUGUUUCUGAAAAGGCCAGAAAAAGUCAACAAAAAACAGAUGAUGUCACCAGUGUCUCUGAUAAGGCCAGCAAAAGUCAGCAGAUGUCAGUUGAGGUUGCCAUUAUCUCCGAAAAGCCAAUCAAAAGGCCCAAGAAAUCAGGUGCCAGGACCUCUGAUAUAACUGACACUAUGCUGCAGAAUUCUGACAAUGUUUUCAAUGUCUCUGCUAAGCCAAUCAAAAAUGGACAGAAACCAGACAAGGCUCAAAUUGUCUCUGAUAAACCCAGCAGAAGACCACAGAGUUCAGAUGAGGUCCAAAAUAUUUCUGAUGAACACAACACAAGGCCACAGAAUUCAGAUGAGCUUCCAAAUGUUUCUGCUAAACCAAGCACAAAGCCACAUAAUUCGGAUAAGGGCCAAAGUGUAUCUGGUAAACACAACACAAGGCCACAGAAUUCAGAUAAGGUUGAAAGUAUUUCUGGUAAACCUGACCCAAGGCCACAGAAUUCAACUGAGGUUCCUUAUGUUUCUGCUAAACCAAGCACAAAGCCACUUAAUUCGGAUAAGGGCCAAAGUGUAUCUGGUAAACAAAACACAAGGCCACAGAAUUCAGAUAAGGUUGAAAGUAUUUCUGGUAAACCUGACCCAAGGCCACAGAAUACAGACGACAAAGCUGCCUCUGACCAAACUGGCACAAAUCUACAGAAGGAUUCUCACCACACAUUCAGAGUUGACCAUUGCAAUAAACUCAUUUGUUCAUCGCAAGACAACAGGAAGAGAGAUGAGGAUAAUCAAAUACAAUCAUCCCAAAAGAAAAGCCGUCAGUGUACACAGAAUGAUAGUGUUACUACAGGGAAACCUGCAGAACAUCAACAUGUAGGUACAGAUUCUGUUGUGUCUUGUGAAGCUCAAAGUAAUAGAAGUGUACACACUCAGGCAGCAGAUGUACCUAAGAGGCAAGGUCCACAUCAAAUUGAACACCCAGGUGUUAGAACUAAGGAGGCAGUUAGCAUCUCAGGGAACAAACAUCAAAAGAGAUUGUCUGGUGAAGGAAAGGCCAAAGUCGAUAUGAUCACUCAAAGUUCAGUGUCCUCGAUUAAACAUGGAGGACAGUCUAAUCAUGGGAAAUCAGAGACUAGACACCGAGGCAGUUGUGAGAAUCUCUCUUCCAUCAAUUCCCCAUCAGUCAGUUAUCAGUCCAUCAGUUCUGGAGAUGGUCAAAAGGAUUCUGUUGAGCUAAGUCACAAGAGUCAUCAUUUGUCAAACUCUGAAAGCCCUCAUCAUAUUGCCUUAGAAACAAAAGGAGACCUACUUGCAGAUAACCGUGUGUCAAGGGAUAACCAUUCUGUUUGUGAUCAGAAGAAACAUGCUGCAAGAUGUGAAAUAUCUUUGAGCCCUUUCAAUCCUGAUGAAUCAAAAUGGGAACGUGCUGAAAUAGAAUUGACUAGCCAUGAACUAAAGAAUACUGUACCUAAUACACAUAAUCUGGCUGUAGAAUCACCACCUCACCCAAAACGUAAAGACAGGGUAUGUUUUACUGGGGAGAAAAGUGUGCAAGAACUAAAACAUGUUGUGAAGAAUGGCAUUAAUAAAUCUACCAGGAAACAGAGCAGAAUCAUACAGAAAAUGUCAAAGGAAAAGACGGCGAAACAUCUUGAAAACAUUCACAAGUCUGAGGGUUCUCGGAGAAAGAGUGAGUCAACGAAUCACACACCAAACCCUGAUAAUUCUGUUUUUGAACACCUUCAUGCAAAACAAACCAUAUUAGUCAGCAAAGGGAGAGAAGACUGUGUUACACAACAUGGUGCUUUUGCAUUUAAAGCACAGAAAUAUGAUCCAACUGGUGACGUUUCUACUGAGCAAUGUACAGACAAGACAGUUGAACCUUAUUCUGUGAGUAACCUUGGAGUUUCCACAAUUCCACAUCGAAAGUGUGAUCAUCAGACUGACACUUGGUCAGAAGAAAAACUUCAGAUUCCAUCCAGAAGUGGUUGUGGUUCUGUGUCUAUGAAAUCAUCCAAAGGGUGCCAUGAAAUGCAGGAAGUUGAAACUCUAUCCAAAAUGGUUCCAGUGAUAUCUGACAUUAAACAUAUUAGUGGAACUUCUGAAACACAUAUUCUUGGAAGUCAUGAAAGCUCAAAAUAUUCUGUAAAAACUAGUCAGCCUGUUAUCAGUCACAAGUCCAAUGUUGAAACUUCCGAGAGGAUGCUGAGGGACACUGAAUUGACUGAUUCUUUUCCAACAGAAAGAUGUGAUGUGCUAGCAGAUACUGUCACAUCUUGGCAUAAAGAAACAGCAACACAGUAUUGUAAAUCUGCAGAUAUAACUGUGAGUCUGAUAGGCUCUACUCAAAGACACAAGAAAGGUAGUGGUGUCGAUAGUCCUGUACUUCCUUUACAGGGUAAAAGGCCAACAAGCAUUCAGUAUGGUGAAGGCACUAUUGGGUUACAUUCUAUACAGGAAUUACAUAGAAGUACAAAUUCUGAAGUUCAAGCUUGUCAAAUUGUAAAUAGACAGACAGCAAAUGUACCAGAGCAGCAAUCUUCACAAGCCAAUGAAUACUUCGACAUGAGAACUGAGAUGACAGCAAGCAUUGCAGGGAGUAAACAGACCAGAUUGUCUAAUGAUAGGAAAGCAGAAAUUGAUAAGAUUAUUCCAAGCUCAUGUCCAUUGAUGAUCAGUCAAAAACAAAGUCAUCAGAAAGCCAGUAAUGAGAAGGAAAGUUUUGAUAAUGUGACUCCAUGCUCACUGCUAUUGACUGCCAGUGAAGAACACUGUCCUCAGAAAGUCCGCAAAGAGAAGGAAUGUUUUGACAUACCAUCUGCAAGUAAGACUGAGAACAAUCUUCAGUUUGUAACGCCUCCUUCAAAGAGACAUUUACAUUGGAUGUCUGGGUCUGACAAGGACAAAAUUAGUGAACUGACAAAACGACAAAAGAGACUCCCUGAUAAUGUCCCAGAACCAACAGCUGGUGAUAAAGUUCUUUCUGAACAAAAUUGUGAAAAGCAUCAGAACUUAGCAGAAUCUGAGUUAAGACACAAAGGGACCAUGGAGCCCUGUGAGGAUAAGGUCAGUUGUUAUCCUGAUAGGAAUCUACACUGUAAGGAUUCUGUAGAUCACAAGACAAAUCCUGAAGACACCAGAGAAGUGCAUGGUUUUGCAGUAUUAUCGAGUUCUAAUAAGAAAGGUGGUUAUGUUGGGUUGACUGGAAAACUCAGGAGUGUCGUACAGAAGCCUGUUUCUCCAAGUACUCCCCUGGCUGUUCCAAUAUUUAACUUCUCCAAAGUAGUUAGAUAUUCUGAUCAUUCGAAACCUGAAAACAGACAUAGAAAGGGCAGUGUUAAAGGUAGAAGUGGGCGAACACCAAAAAAAAAGAGACAUCACUCGUCGAGAAGCUCCAGGUCAUUUUUACAUGAUGAACAGGAAGGUGAUAGGUAUGAAAGGAAGUAUGGUUUUCUGUCGUCCAACUACAGAGCUGCAGAGGCUGAUCAGAGACAUUUGAAAGAGGACACAGGUCGUUCAAGAUCAGAAAACAAGUCUUCUGAAAGGGGCCCCAGAACACCAGCAUCAAAACGUCAUAGGAGCAGCACCCAAGAAAGUGUUAGGCAGCAUAGGCAAGAGACUUCUCAUAGUCACAGAGACAGGCAUGAUUCCGAUUAUUCUCGGUCCCCAAAGAAAAGAUCACACAGACAUGACUCACGUAGGUCUGGACACAGAGAGGAUUCUGUUCGUUCUCACAGCCACAGGAGACAUAGUGUAAAAAAAGGCGACCAUUGCAAAACUUCAAGCAGAUGUUUAGAAAAGUCAACUUCUAGUCGAAAGGCAAGAUCCCGAAGUAGAUGGUUAGAAGAGCAGUUUUAUAAAAAUGAGAGAUCCCCAAGUAGAUGGUUAGAAGAGCAGUUUUAUAUAAAUGAGAGAUCCCCAAGUAAAUGGUUAGAAGAGCAGUUUUAUAAAAAUGAGAGAUCCCCAAGUCGAUGGUUACAAGAGCAGUCCUAUAGAAAUGAGAGAUCCCCAAGUGGAUGGUUAGAAGAGCUGUUUUACAGAAAUGAAAUAUCCACAAAUAGAUGGUUAGAAGAUCAGUUUUAUAGAAAUAAGAGAUCCCCAAGUAGAUGGUUAGAAGAUCAGUCUUAUGGACAUGAAAGAUCCCCAAGGAAACCUGCUGAGUCAAACGUGUCACAGGGAUAUUCAAAUAUGAAGGAUGAGAAUAUUGUACAAGCAUCUCCAAGGCAUCAAAGUGAGGAUUCUAGCUCGAAGCCUAGGGCAGAAAGAAGACAUUGCAAUAUAAUCUUAAAGAAAAUGCCUCAAUCUGAAAAAAGCAGGAAAUGUUCAAACACAGAUUUAAGAGAAAAACUGAACAAUUUGAAAAACAAAUCCCCUUUGGGUCUGGGAGCAACUGGAGGGGGAGAAUUGCAAUUCACAGGUAACGGUGACAACAGUUAUGAAACACCCAGACAGAGGGAAGAUCAUAGUGAACAUCUAAGGUGGGAUAAAAUUGUCACAAGUACAACCAUUAGGGAUGAACAGGUCAAAGGUUCAUUUACUGAAGCAUCUGCAUCAGACUCACAAGAUCGAGACAGUGAUUUAGAUGCUAAUACUGCAGUCUGUGAAAGAAUUUCUGAAGAAUCUGGCAUAUCAUCAGCAUCUGCUGUCAAAGUUAAGCUUGACAAAAAUAUGCAAACUCACCCCAGUCUUCCCAAGACCCUUCACAUGCUCAAUGAACCAUUCAAGGCCAGAGCAAGAAAGCACAGUAAUUCAAAGAAAGAAAAUUCUUCGGGAUUAAAGCUAUUGUUGAGUAUUCUGACAAAAGCAACAAGCACAGUUCUUCCCGAUGCGAAGGCAUCUGGUGAUGCAGACUGUGUUAAUGGAAACAUGGAAUACACAGAACCUGAAAGUUGGGACUACUAUGACACAUGUGGGAAACAUCGACACACAAGUGGUGAUGAUGGUGGGCUUGAAUCAAAAAGAGAUGCUUCUUGUGUGUGUGUAGGGAAUAGACAGUUAUCUUCAGUACCAAACAUAUGUGCAUUCAGUGCUGGCACAUCUGCAGAGGCAACAACUGGAGAACAGCAGAUGCCGGAAGUGUAUAAUCACAACAUGAAUUAUCUCAAAUUGAAUGUCAUAGAUCCUCAAAUAGCUCCUGUUGUAUCCGAUGAAUCAACAAUAUCAAAUAAGCUGGUUUCUGAGCAGGAGAGAUUACCUCACACAAAUACACUUCCAUUAUAUGAUGCUAACGACAGAGGUCAACAGUCUCUGUCUGAAGCAGGACACAUGUCUUUGCACCACAAGGAAAGGACUGAUGGAACUGAUCACUGUGCCGUGUCAGUAGACAGGUCACAACACCGUAUUGAAUCGGAAGACAGAUCACGACCAAGUGAACACCGUUGUGCAUCAGUAGACGGGCCACAACCAACUGACCACAGUGUUUUGGAACACAUGCCACAACACCGCUUUGAAUUGGAAGACGGAUCACGACCAAGUGAACACUGUGUUUUAUCAGUAGACAGAUCGCAACCAACUGAACAUCCAACAACUGUCAGUAUUAGAAGUGGAAAUGACAACUUUGAAAGAACAUAUCAACAGUCAGGUGAUAAAGUCCACCAAGGCCAUUCUAAGUUUAGUAAACAAGUCCCAGAUAACAUAGAUCAGGAAAAUAUCUCUUUUAACAAUACUGAAGUAGUACAGCACCAUAUCAGGGAAAUAGGCCGUGGUGCUGUACAUGAUUUUAGUAGUCUUGAAGACAGCGAACUUUCAAAUACUGACCCCAGUCAAGUUGUUUCAAAGGAUGUUGUCACAAGUGGACCGGACAAGGAAGAUAAGUCUCCUUAUAAUGUUGUGUUAGAAGACAUUUCUUCACCUUCUGAAACAGAUGCUCAGUCACAGGAUGAGGUGCACCCUAAUUAUGAUCCGAUUGACCAAAACAAAUACUAUGAAUGGAUAUCUUCAGAGGAGAAUUCUCAAAGCUGUGGGGAUGAACAAAGACCAGACUGUUUUUCGGGUAAUGAUACUAGUGCACCAUCACAAACUGUUGAGGUGAUUAAAACAGUCGGGGGAUCUCAUUCUGAAGAUAGUUUUUGUUUAAAGAGUUUGUCGUUUGACAGUUCAGCGAUGCAGGCUUCAGAUGGAAUUAAUCAACUGUAUGAAAAUCAUUCUCUCAGUGAAACAAGAGCCAUGUCAUGUGUAAAUGACAAGGAUCAGAUUUUGAAAUCUGAAAGUUUCGGAUGUUUGCAUAGCUCUCCAGAACAGAUUUCAUGUGUAGAAAAUGAAAAGGAUGUGCCAGUUCAGUUUGAUAUAUCAAAGGAGAAACAUGUCUUGCUUGAUUUGCCUUCAGAAGAUACAGCUCAGCCUUCAUUAGGGACUUAUUUUGGAAAUGUUCCAGAAAAUAAGUGUGAAUCCAAUUUAUCUGUGAGAAAAGCUCCUGAAAUUUCAACAGAACCUUCAGGUGAUGCCGAUGCAGCAGAGACAUCAAAACUUGGUGAUGAAACAGGAAACCUCAGCAAAGCUGAAUCUUAUCCAUCCAAUAGCUUGACUGGAGAAGAAGAGUGUCUUUUGAGGGAUAAUUUGGAAUGGCAAGAUGCCAAACAAAUAGUGCCAGAACAAGUGACAGGUGAAACUGAAUCUUUGUCAAAAGAUCACGAGGUCUUCAAUAAAAGUCAGAAUGGUAAUGACAAACAUCCAAAGGAAGCAACAGUGGAGUGCAAUAGAGUUGAAGCUUGUGAGGAAAGUGAAGUUCAUGAUGAGCAAGCAGUUACAGAAGACAAACCAGCUGAUAGUGAUUGUGAUGAGACAAUUACAUUUAAAUCCAGUACUGACAAAAAAAACUCGUCAAAUAAGGGCAAACUUUCAGAGACUGUCCACACUCAGAAGAUAAAUGGCAAAAGUGUUGGAAACACUUGUGAAAAAGAAAAGCUUCCUUCUUUGCCUGCGAUUCAGCUUGAAAAAGAUGCCCUUAUCUGUAAGUUGAGUGAAAACAUUCAGGUUAAAAUUGAACCACUAGAAGACUAUUCUUCAUCCAGUGAGGAUGUCCGGGAGGAGCCUAGGUUUGGCAAUAAGCAGGAUCCUUCAGAAGAAAACAGUAAUGAAGUGCAACACUGUAAAAAUGCACUGUUAAAUGUUCAAGAUAUAAAACUUGAAGAAAACUGUGAUCAAGGACAUGGAAAAUUAUCUGAAGAUGCGAACAGCCAGAGUAUUAUUCCUAAGCAGGAACAGUCUGAUGAUGAAGAGGCAAAAAAGGACCAGUCAGAUCAGAAGCAGUCAGAACAGAACUCUUUCUGUAGUGAACAGGAGGAGUAUUGCCAUGAAUCUGAAGGAGUCUGUGCAGAUGAUGUGUCCGUUGCUUCAAGUGACCCUGAAUCCGACAGUGACGGGGAUUUACCUUCAUUCCAGCAUUUUCUUGGACUACAUCCAGGAGGUGACAGUGAUUCGAAAGACAGCUCCAGAAAACUACCCUUAAAGUCACAUCAUGGUCAUACGGACAUCAAGAUUGCAAAUGCAUUGAAUAAUUUAAGGGAGACAACAUCCACCCCCUUAAAGGACAGCACGGAUGUGAAGACGGAAAUUGUUGAGGAGGAUGGUUGUGGACAACCGAUAGAGAUUAUUCAACAUUCAACCAAAGAUGCUGAAGGGAGAGCACCAUUCGCUGACCAUCAUCAGCUUAAUCAUUUGGUUAAACAAGAACAAUGUUUAGAAACAUUUAAUACUGACAUUGAUAUAUCAGGCAGGCGCACACAGUUCAAGGCAGCACAUGUGUCAGAAUGUGUAUCAAAAAGAGUUAUGGAAGAAACAUCAUCACACUUUACCCCAAAGAUUCCCGAAACUUUAAAAUCAAGCCCCAACUAUGAAACACCCAGUGUUUCAAAUUCUGUGACAAUGUCAUCAAGUCAUUCAUGUUCUUCAGAGAGUCACAAGUCACAGGCAGCAUCUGACUUGAGACAUAAACACAAACAUUCCUCAAGACAUAAGGGAAGAGGACAUCAUUCAAGUGAUAAGUCAAAACGAAAACAAACUGCCUCCCAGUCAAGACGUCACAGGUCUAGUCGACGUACAAAGACAUCAAGUGAGGCUUCUUCAGUCAGAAAGCAAAGAGCUAAAAGUUCUAAGCAGCAUUCUUCUACUUCAGCAGCAGCAGCAGCAGCAAUAUCUAGUGGCAAGGAUACAAGUGUUGGCUCCAAACCUUUGCCUAUAAAGUCGAGUGAUAGUGGCUCCAAACCUUUGCCUACAAAGUCGAAUGUUAGUGGCUCCAAACCUUUGCCUACAAAGUCGAAUGUUAGUGGCAAGGAUACAAGUGUUGGCUCCAAACCUUUGCCUACAAAGUCGAGUAACAGUGGCUCCAAACCUUUGCCUACCAAGUCUAGUAAUAGUGGCUCCAAAUCUUUGCCAACAAAGUCUACUGAUAGUGGCUCCAAGCCUUUGCCUACCAAGUCGAGUGAUAGUGGCUCCAAGCCUUUGCCUACCAAGUCGAGUGAUAGUGGCUCCAAACCUUUGCCUACAAAGUCGAGUGAUAGUGGCUCCAAACCCUCGCCUACAAAGUCGAGUGAUAGUGGCUCCAAACCCUCGCCUACAAAGUCAGGUGAUAGUGGCAAGGAUACAAGUGUUGGCGCCAAACCUUUUCCAACAAAGUUGAUUGAUUGUGGCUCCAAACAAUUGCCUACAAAGUUCAGUAAUGGUCGCAUGGGUACAAGUGUUGGCUCCAAACCAUUGCCUUCAAAGACAAGUGAUCCAGCACAAGCUGAUACUAGCAAUACUAAACACAGUGAUAUUGACACUAUGCUUUCAGAAACUAUAAUAGACAAUGUCAAAUUAAAUAGUUCAACAAAUGUCUCACAUAUCAACAUUGUUGGUCCUUCCAGUUCCACAGAAAUAUAUGACACUGUUGCAUCAGAAACAUCCAAUGAAAAAUGUUUUAGAAGCAUAGAAGUAUGCAAUAACAAACACCGAGUGACAACCCAGAUUGCCAAUGGUUCUGUUCAAAAGAAGUCUUCAGAUGAGAAAUUAAUGCACCACAGAAACAGGAUGCAGCAACCCAAUUUAAACACUACUCAUAAACCAUCUACAACAAAGGUAAUUGCCUCCCAGUUAACACAAACAUCGGAUCAGUCUACCACAAACAUUCCACCACAUUCAUUAGUAGAUGAAAACAAUAAACAAAGUAACUAUGAGGCUCUUGGUGUUGAAUUGGAGCCAAAGUCUUCAAGUAUUGCUGAAAGCAACUGCAGUGCCCUGGAACCUUCUAGUGUGGAAACCCCUGUCAAAUCGGAGACCUCUGGCCCAAGUAACAGUGUUUGUUUGGGAGAAAAAAAUGUUCUGCCAUUGAGCUGUCAAGUUUGUCACAAGAGAUGUGCUUCUCAGUCUUCUUUGAAUCAUCACAUGAAAAUACACAGGGACCGCACAUUCAAGUGUGAAAUUUGUCACAAAGCAUUUUAUUCCACAAACAACCUCAGCCAACACAUGACUGUUCAUACUGGGGGAAAGCCUGUUCAGUGCAACAUUUGUGGAAAGACUCUUUCCUGCCAAGGUAAGAUGAAAGUACACAUGCGUUCACACACAGGAGAGAAGCCAUAUGAGUGUUCUGUCUGUGGAAAGCGUUUUUCUGUUUUCUCUUCUUUGAAGUCCCAUAAGAUCAUACACAAUAACCUAUCCGUAAAGUGUGAGUUUUGUGAUAAAGUGUUUAAGGAUCCAAAACUGUUGGCAAGACACGUCAAAAUUCAUGGUGAACGGAAGUUUGAUUGUGAUGUCUGUGGUAAACCAUUCAAACGAUCUGCCCAUCUGAAAGGCCACAUGAAGAUACACACAGGACAAAAGGAUUUCAAGUGUUACCUUUGCGAUGCAACAUUUUCCGAGGCUCAUGGCUUAAAAACUCACAUGACAACUCAUAUUGGUGGCAGGAAUCACGCAUGUCAUGUAUGUGGAAAUGCUUUUUCUCACUUUCAUGAUUUUAUGCAGCACAUGAAAAUCCAUACAGGGGCAAAGCCAUUUAAGUGUGAUGUGUGUCCAAAAACUUUUGCCAACAAACAAACAUUCAAUCUCCACAUGCAUGUUCACACAGGUGAACGUCCUUACUUGUGCAACAUAUGUAACAGAACUUUUACCCAACCUUCCCAUCUUCGAACACAUCAGAGGGUACACAGUGAAAGAAAACACGAAUGUGAUAAAUGUAACCGCAAGUUCAUUGAUUUGAAACAACUUGAGUCACACAGGAAAAUUCACACUUCUAGCAGGCCAUUUAAAUGUAAUGUCUGUAUGACUGGUUUCUUCAGUGAGAAAACUUUACUCCGACAUAAGCAAGGGCUUUGUAAGAAGGUGAUGAAGCAGUUUCUGUGUGAACUGUGUGAUCUGAGGUUUACUACUGCUCGUACUUUGAAAGCGCAUCAGAAAAGACAUGCUCAACAAGGGGAAUUUCUAUGUGAAAUAUGCACAAAGAAAUUUCUGUUAUUGUCCAAUUUGAAGAUCCAUAUGAAAAAGAUGCAUAAUCUGGAGACUUUCAGUUGUGACUUAUGUAAGAAAUCUUUUCAAGAAUCUGAAAGUUUGGAGACUCAUUUCACUGACCACCGAAAGGACGGUGGCUUCGGGUGCACAGUGUGUGAAGAAAUAAUUCCUGAUUGGAGUGAUGUGAAAUCACACAUGAAGGAACAUGGAAAGAAAAGUGCUUUGUUGAAAUGUAAUAAAUGUGAGCAAUCCUUCACAGAUGUGUAUCAUCUUAAGAAUCAUGAGAGACAACACGAUGAAAUUAAACAAGAGAAACAGAAUGAGGAUACUAGACCAGGUGGUACAAGUGAAAUGUCGACAAAACAGAAAAACAGACUGACAGCAACAGGUAACACUGAGAAUGGUGGAACAUCUACAGAUCAGAAGAAUAAAGUGACAAUACCAGGUAAUGGUGGAAUAUUUAGAGAACAGAAGAACAGACAGACAAUACCAGGUGACACUGAGAAUAGUGGAAUAGCGACAAAACAGAACAGACUGACAAUACCAGGCCAGACUGAGAAUGGUGGAACAUCUACAAAACAGAACAGACAGAUAAUACCGGGUGAGAUCAAGACUGCUGGAACAUCUACAAAACAGAAGAACAGUCUGACAAUACCAGCUGAGACCAAGUCUGGUGGAACAUCUUCAGAACAGAAGAACAGACUGACAAUACCAGCUGAGACUGAGACUGGUGGAACAUCUACAAAACAGAACAGUCUGACAAUACCAGGUGAGACCGAGUCUGGAGGAACAUCUAAAAAACAGAACAGUCUGACAAUACCAGGUGAGACUGAGUCUGGUGGAACAUCUGCAAAACAAGAGAACAGACAGAAAAUAUCAGGUGAGACCGAGACUGGUGAAACAUCUACAAAACAGAACAGUCUGACAAUACCAGGUGAGACCAAGUCUGGUGGAACAUCUACAAAACAGAACAGUCUGACAAUACCAGCGGAGACUGAGACUGAGACUGGUGAAAUUUAUACUGAACAGAACUCUUCCAAGAAGUCACAACCAGGUCAUAAAAAAUUCAGGUGUGAUAUGUGUGGGAAAUCUUAUUCUGAUGCAGACCAUUUAGAAAAACACAAGAGAAGACAUGCAGAAAAGACUGAACCUGAUCUAGGCAGGACACAAGGAUCUGAAAAAAGAAAGCGCGUAGGCGAUGAUGGAGUUAAUGAGAAGUCGCCAAUGGCAAAGAAACGGAGGAAAGAAACUGUGCUUGGGUCUUCUGUCAUUUCAGAAGAUGCACAAAUUUGUAAGGAAAAGAAUUUCUCAUGUAGUGUUUGUGAGAAAAGGUAUUCCUCUGCUGCACACCUUGAACAUCACAUGAAGAAACAUUCCAACUCCCCAUUAAAAUGUGAACAUUGUGGUAGGACAUUUUCUGACAAAUCCCAUCUGAAGCAACAUGAGAAAAAACACCAUGAAAAGAAGAACGAUACCACGUUGAAGAGGCCUGUUGAAAUAAAGACCCACAAAUGUGAUGUCUGUGAGAAGGUGUUUACUCAAAAAGCAUCUCUUCUAGAACACACCAACAUCCAUACAGGAACAAAACCAUUUAAGUGUGAGCACUGUGACAAGUGUUUCGGUGACAGUGGCAGUCUGAAGGUUCAUAUUAGGCGACAUAUUGGCGAGAGAUCUCAUGUUUGUGAAAUUUGUGAUAAAGCAUUUUAUGAGAAAAUAAGAUUGAAGGACCACUUACGUAUCCAUACAGGUGAAAAACCUUUCAAGUGUACAUCUUGUGACAACAGCUUUUCUGACCGAAACAGUUUGAAAGACCACUUAAAAAUACAUACUGGAACCAAACCACAUCCAUGUGACCAGUGUCAGAGUACUUUUAGAACCUCCACUGCACUGAAAAAUCAUAAACUGUCUCACUCUGAAGAACGUCCUUUCAAGUGUGAUAUUUGUGAGAAAUGUUUUAAAAGAAAAGUUGUGCUUGAUGACCAUACAAAGAUUCAUAUUGGAGAUUAUUCUUUCAAAUGUCAACAGUGUGAUAAAACCUUUACAACGAAGGCCCGUCUUGCUGCACAUACAGUUGUCCAUAAUGCUGUCAGAAAACAUGACUGUCAGAACUGUGGGAAAAUGUUCUUUACAUCAAAAGAUUUGAAAAAACAUAUGUUGACUCAUAGCGGACUAAAGAACUACAAAUGUGAGAAAUGUGGUAAACAUUUUACGACUUCCUCCUCUCUAAAUACACAUAUGAAGACCCACAGUGAUGACAAGCCUUACAAGUGUCAGCAGUGUGACUUCAUCACCAGGGAUUUGAACAAUCUGAAAAAGCAUGAACUGAUCCAUACAGAUCGAACAAGGUCAUUCAAAUGUGAUACAUGUGAUAAAGCAUUCUAUAGUCUGAGCUCUUUGAAAACACACAGCCUUACACAUUCAGAAGCACAGCCCUACAAGUGUAGAGUUUGUGAGUCUUCAUUUAAGCGUCGGGAUUAUUUGAAGAUUCAUAUGCGCUUGCAUGAUCAAGUGACACUGUAUGAGUGUGAAGUUUGUCAGAAAACUUUUAAACAGAAGUCGAACAUGACAACACAUAUGAGAUCUCAUACCGGUCUCAAACGAUUUAAGUGUGCGGUGUGUGAGAGGAAGUUUGCUUGCAAACAGUCUUUUGAUAAUCAUAUGCUUGAACAUAAUGGGCUGGAGAAACCAAAGUCAGAGUGUACAGUCUGUCAUCAGUUCUUUGUGGAUUUAACAGGUCAUAUGAAAAUCCACACAGGUAUAAAACCAUUUCAAUGUGAAUUAUGCCCAAACCGCUUCAACAGGAAGGACUCACUACGUUCCCACAUGCUCACCCAUACUGGAGUUAAGGCUCAUAAAUGUGAUGUUUGUUCAAAGCAAUUCUCACAGAAGUCUUCCCUCAGGACACACAUGAGAUUCCAUGCUGGACUGCGCAAUUAUAAGUGUACAAUCUGUGAUAAAGCAUUCACCCAAUCUUCUCAUCUCCGGACACAUGACAAAAGGGUCCACAAGAAAGAACGAAACCACAAGUGUAAAGAAUGUAACAAGACCUUCCUUUCAGCGGGGCAGCUCCGAGAUCACAUUAGAACCCACACAGGAGAGAAACCGUACAUCUGUACAGUGUGCCAGAGGGGAUUCACAAGAUCAGGAUCUUUGAAGUCACAUAUGCUGGUCCACACAGGAGUCAAGUCCUUCAAGUGUGAUGUGUGUGAAAGGCCAUUUGCCCACGCCAGUGCACUGAAAGUACACAUGAGAUGCCAUACUGGUGAAAAACCUUAUACUUGUGAUCAGUGUGAUGCUGCGUUUAGUCGAUAUGACUCUUUAAAACUACAUAUUCUAUCACACACAGGUGAAAGGCCAUUUUCUUGUACCGUUUGUGAAAAGACAUUCCAAACUAGGUCAAGUUUGAAAAUUCAUAUGUCUGUGCACACAGGUCAGUCUUUCACGUGUGAUAUUUGUGACAAAAUCUUUUCAUCACAACAAACAUGCAAGGAGCACCAGAGGACUCACACGGGUGAUUUGUUGCAAUGUGAUCAAUGUGACAAGACUUACAUAAACAGGUCAUCACUUACGCAGCACAAACUCACUCAUUCCGCAGUGCAGUCCUUUGAGUGUGAGAUAUGUGGAAAAGUGAUGUCAAGAGCGGAUUCUCUGCACAGUCACAUGAAGCUGCAUGAUGAAAAGAAGUUUAAGUGCACUGAGUGUGAUAAGAUGUUUCACAAAGCUGCGAGUCUCAAAGCUCACAUGUAUAAGCACAGUCCUGAAGACAAGCCCUACGCGUGCGAUGUUUGUGGGAAACGGUUUCCACUCCCAGGUUCCCUGAAGGUGCACAAAGCGACUCAUCUUGAUAAGUUGCCCUUCCAAUGUCAGUUCUGUGGGAAGGGGUUCACUCAGAAAUGCAACAUGAAGAAGCACAUUGAGGUAUGCCAUGAAGAACAGACUGACAUGUCCACAUCUGAGGAACUUGAUGAAGAGGAUGAUGUAGAUGAUGAAGAGUCUGAAGGCCAAUCGGACAUGGAGGAAGAAGAUUCAGAAGAAGCAACUUGAAAAAACGCAUUUAGGAAGACCGAGGAGUACAGAUUGGGAUGUCCAAGUCUGAGGAACUGGAUGAAGAGGAUGUGCUAGAUAAUGAAGAUGCUGCUGCGUCUGAAGGCCAAUCGGACAUGGAGGUGGAAGAGUCAGAAGUAAGCUCUCUGAAACCAUGUUUUGACUAUUUUCAUGGAUCAAAGUUUGUGAGGUGAACAAGUGGUUCAGUAGUUAAGUUUAUAGGCAUUUAGAAGUUGGAAGAAACUUAUAUGGAUGUGUGUUAUCUUUGCAGUUCAUGAGUUCUUUAGAGAAGCAGAAGAGUGGCUCGUCACCACAAAGGCUCAAUUCCCUACAUGGGUGAAAUGAGUUCAGCUCAUUUUUGGGCUCCCCACUCUCAUACGGAUGGAAUGUUGGUGAAUUAUUGAUCAAAGCCAAUUCGCUGUCAUGACACUAGACAAAUCCAGUAGAUGAGAUUCAUGUGUAUCAAAAAUAUGGUUCCAAAGACUGUUCUUUGUGUUGCAAGUGGCAGUGGGGUAUCCUAGGGGUUAAAGCGUUUGUUCAAUGGAAUAUCACCAAAUGCAGUGUAAAACCAUACUAACUCACUCUUUGUGUUGCAAGAUACAGUUCUUGCAUUGUCAAUAUAAUUGUCAUAUAAUGGUACAUACUUAUUACAUGUAUAUACAUAUGUUCCUGAUGCCAAACAAAUGCAAUAUAAAUAUGUUUCUAAGCAUGUAUCACAAUCCUUGUACAUAUUGUAAAUACUUAUAAUAAUGUGUUGUUUUAUUUAUUUACUGUUGGUAUCUACUCAUACAUUUUGUUCAUAAUAUAUAUAGUUCUAUAAAUACUGAAACUCGAAAUGAAUGGCAAGAAAAUGAUUUUGGCAGUACGUCUUGAAAUGCAUUGAAUGAGAUUCAAACCCGUACAACAUUGUUUUGUUAAUGACAACUUAAUUUUCUUUUUUUGUGACUAUUUUCAGUGUGUGUAAAUGUACUUUCUUUAUCAUUUCAAUGCCAAUUUGAAUCUCAGUGUUAACUACUACUCAAUUGCAAUUAUUUUUAUGUUUACAUUUUAAAAUAUAAUGUGGGUACAAUGUGUGAAGCCCAUUUCUGGAGUGCCCCGCCAUAAGUUAUAUGUCCCUAACCCACUCCAUAUCAUGUAUAUUCAAACAGCAUGCAUAAUUAUAUACCAUUGCUCAAAUGUGUGUGAGUUAUUUAGCUCAUCAGUCCAUCUGAAAUGUAUGAUUAUGUUUUAUAAGAUACAAUUUAAUUUAACUAUAUGUUGGUCAAAAGGAACUAUUUGUUCUAUUUUGUUUCUUUUUAUGAAUUAUGCACAGGGCAAUAGCAGCUGCUUAUUUGAGUUUCAUCGUUUACAAUUAUUUAUUUUAAUCUUGAUUUGACAAUAUUACCAAUAUAUUUUUUAAAGAAUCAUGGUUAUUCAAUAUUUUAAAUUCUCUGACCUUAAACUAACUGCGUUUCUCAAUUUAAUUCAUCGAGCAGUUUUAUGUCAUUUUCAUAUGUAAUGUAUAUAACCUUGCAAUAAGUUCACACAAGAAACAUGACCAUUUAUUAAGACAUAGAUGUCAAGUCAGACUGUCAUGGUAAUGAUGUUAUUACUAAGCCAAGGAAGCUGAUUUCUGUAUUCUGAACUGAUUGUAUACAUAGAUGCCAUGAUGACCAGUUUGAAAGUAAAAGUUUAGCCCAUGACUCGUCCUUUCUGCAUGUAGUUUGAAAUGGUAUGCGUUAAUAAUUCCUUAUUCUGGCAUAGUUUGAUGUUUGAUCAAUCCAAGAGAUUUGACCUUCACUUAACCAGUUUUUCUAGUGUUGCUGCAUUUGUGACAUGUCUGAUGAAACUACAAGGUCUAUGGACGUGAGUCUUAGGAUGAACGAUUCCUGCUGUGGUGUCUCUAUGUGUUCACAGAUUUCAGAUCUGAUUCUAAAUAUUUACAACAUUGUUUCUUCAAAGUUCAGGUGAGCUGCAGCCACAUGCUUUAACACUGCCAUCAUGUCUCUAUUUUUGAAAAAAACAGGCCAACAGAAACAUUUUGAACUUUUAUAAGUAUGUGCUGCCACCAUGUUGUGAUGUGUAACAUGAACAGACCUACUGCCUCCCAGUGAUUACCAUGGAGAAGCAACGACUCAGGAAGUUUUUGCAAUAUUUUCAUUUUACAUUUUGUUGUACUUAAUUGUGUUAUUUACACUUGUGUGCUAUCUCAGUGGUAUUGUGAUCUUGGAAUAAAGUGAGUUCAGGUGACUCGAUCUGC